AUGUUUUCAUUACAUAUCUUCUCCGCAUUGAUGGCCAUUCCAGCCAUCUGGACCGUCGCUAAUGCUCGCUCUGUCCCCGCUAGUACAUCCUUUUCGCAAGUUCAGUUCGCGAAAUGCCCAUCCAGCUUCGGUGAUCUUGGCUCUGGAUUCGACUGCGGGGCUCUCGAGGUACCAAUUGACUGGGACAACCCGUAUGGCGAGAAGAUCCAACUUGCAAUGCUCCGCCAUAAUGCGACAAAACCAGAGCAAAGAAUUGGUACCCUGUUCUUUAAUCCUGGUGGACCAGGCUACAGUUCAGUUUCAUACAUCGAAGGUGCAGUCAAGUUAUUUGGCGAUGAAGUUUCCGACCGUUUCGACAUCAUCGGUCUUGAUCCCCGUGGUGUCGGCAUCAGUUCUCCUAUCAAAUGCGAUCCCGAGUACUACAACCAGCGUGUUUCCCUCUGGCCAUCCAACCAGAUCGAAUUUGAUGCACUGGUCAACAAGUAUGCGAGAUUCGGAGAAAGUUGUUACAAUAUGACUGGACCCCUGGUGAAACACAUGGAUUCAGUCAGUGUUGCCAAGGAUAUUGAAGCAAUUCGCCAGGGGCUAGGUGAUGAGAAGCUCAACUAUCUUGGUUUGUCGUACGGAACAUUGAUCGGUCAGACAUACGCCGAACUUUUCCCCCAGAAUAUCCGCACGAUGGUUCUCGACGGAAAUAUGGACCACAGCACCGAUCAUAUUUCAUACCUCACCGUCAAGUCAUUCACCUAUGAGACCGAGCUGGUUCGGUUUACUGAGUGGUGUGGCCCCAGCAAGGAAUGCCCGUUCAAUGGAACUUCUGCCGCCAUUCUGAAGAUAUGGGAUGAUCUGCUCGCGAAAGCAGACAAGAAGCCCCUCCCUGCACCUUCAUGCAAAGUCAGUGGUACCUGUCGUGCCGAUGUGACUAGCGAAGAGAUCCUCAACAGUGUCAACUCGAUGCUGUGGUUCAAGUCAGGACCUUUCGAAACAUGGAACAAGCUUGGUAAAGCUCUGUACUCUGCCACCAAGGGAGAUGCAUCUGGAUUUUCCGACACACUUGCCUUGAACUCUUCGUCAACAUCUUUCCAGGAUCAGCCCGUCAGCUGCCUUGAUUGGGACCAUCCCGAGGAAUCUCUGGUCGCCCUGAAGUACCAGCACGAGCUUGCCAGCUCCCAGUGGCCCCAUGUCAAGAUUGGCGAUGAUGGACGCAACAAGUGUAUCGGAUGGCCCUUCCCUGCGGUCAACAAAGUGCGGCGAGCGAACAUUAUCGGGACCCCUCGGAUUCUCUUGAUCAACUCGCAGUUUGAUCCUUCGUGCUCCUAUAUCUGGGCCAAUGGACUGCGUGAUCAGAUUCAGAACAGCACUCUUCUCACGCGGAAGGGGGAUGGUCAUACCUCAUACAUGGUGUUUGGGGAAUCGAGGGACAUUGCGAACAACUACUUUGUCAAUCUGACUCUCCCAACCGACAACACUAUUGUUAACAGCUAA